AUGAGUAAGUACGACCGCGCUCUUUCUAUCUUCUCUCCUAAUGGCCGAAUCUUUCAAGUUGAAUAUGCACAAUUAGCCAGUGAAAGGGGAUCGCCAGUUAUCUUCUAUUCAAAUCAGCAGAGCAUUGCAGUAGCUAUUGAAAAACGUGCAGAGAGUAAGAACAGAAUCCUUUCCGACUUAGAUAAGUUUAAGGAAGUUGAAUCUGGUAUCUAUCUUUCCUUUGCUGGUAUUUAUCCAGAUUGUUUAGUUAUCAUUGAUCAAGCCAUUCUUAUAGCCAGACAAUAUGCUUAUGAUAUUGGCGAGCGGAUUGAUAUCAAGAAAUUGGCCCAAGAGUUAGGAGAUUACUUGCAAAAAUUCACUAUUACUGGUGGCUGUCGGCCAUUUGGUGCUAAGAUAGUCCUUUUUGGGUUUGAUUCGAAUGGUCCUGUUAUUGCUUUAGUCGAACCGGAUGGUAAUUACUCUUUCUAUAUUGGAGGGGCAAUUGGUCAGAAGAGUGAUAAGGCUACUGAGUACUUAGAAACAGCGACGGGUUCGAGUCCAACUCAGAUUGUAGCUCAAGCUCUCUUUAAUACGGCUCAGAAAGACCCUCAGAAAAUGACCAUUUAUGAGAUUAGUCCGGAAGUAGCUCAAAUUAUGCCUACUUCGGCUAUCUCAGAUCUUCUUUCAGAUGCUCAGUAA